GUUGCUCACUCCAACCUUAAUUGGUUUACCACGAGAGCUGUUGUUUAAUGGGGCGAACACACACCUGCUAAAGGCUAAUGGCAAGCAAACAUGGCGAGAGUGCAGCGACCGCAGCGGCUCUGUGUUUGUUAUCGCCGAGGGCCCUUCGUGUAGGGACCGUGCGCCCACGCGCGCUAAAUGGUGUUAAAUGAUGCAUUUACAGAAGUGUAAUGGGUACAUUUUAAAAGUCAGAAAGGUGGAGACAAAUGAAAAAAGGUUGUGGAAACAAAGUAUGGUGUUUGAGCUUUUCGCCCGAGUAUCCAAGACAACUGUCUCUCCAUCCAGGUCUCUUAUCUGGCAGGUCAACCAAUGUUUGCGCCCAUACAUAUCAAUUUAUCAGCCGCAGAGUGCAGAUGAGAGAUAUGUCCAUAUAAAGUGUCGAUGCCACGUUGUUUGAGGACACUCCUACGUGUCCCACAACUGUCGUGCGCUCUAGACCAUUUGGAACCUCUUUCUGGAGGCAGGGUCUCACAGAUUCACCUGUUCACUGUCUGUUGCUGCUGUGAGGGCAAACACAGGUGGGUGCCAGCCAGGUAAACGUUGCGGUAUUUACAGAGUGGCAUUGAUUUACGCGCUGACUUCUCGUUCUGUUUAAUUUACUGAAAAAUCCCACAAGCAGAAUAUCCUGGACACUGAGAGCUAUAGGUCUGCAAACAGUGAAACCAAUGGCUUUGGCGCUGCAGAGUCACAUGGUGCCAGAGGGACACACCUGUGUGCAGCUGUAAGGGCCUCGCAGUUGCGCCAGAGACUGGUAGAGAAGAACGUCCACGCCGAGGCAGGGCGCAGGUACGGUACAUGUGUGGGUCCGCGGACGCCAUGAAUCGGGAAGAUCAUUUUUAUCCUUCUCAGGUUUUUAAAGACUCCUGUGCCUACCAGAGAGCACAUGGGGAGGACUACAGCCACAGCCCGCCGCCCUGCCUCUACAUGAGCAGGCAGGUCCACUCCGUCUACUCACCGCCGUCCAUGGGAGCCUUGGAGCAGGCCAGCCUUCCUGACAUUGCCUCUUACAGUCUACCCAUGCGGGAAGAUCCAGGUGUGCCUCAGCUCCACCAUCCUCAGGGGCUCCAGCAGCAGCCUCUCCCGCCUGCUGCAGGCUAUGGAGACACGGGGGAACAGAGCACAUAUCACCUCCCUUUCCCCUGGAUGAAAACCACAAAAUCUCACUCACACACCUGGAAGGGACAGUGGGCAGGCCCAUACGUGAUAGCGGAAUCAGAGGAAAAUAAACGCACGAGGACUGCCUAUACGCGAGCCCAGCUGCUGGAGCUGGAGAAGGAGUUCCUGUUCAACCGCUACAUCUCGAGGCCGCGCCGCGUGGAGCUGGCGCUCACCCUGAGCCUCACCGAGCGCCACAUCAAGAUCUGGUUCCAGAACCGGCGCAUGAAGUGGAAGAAAGAGGAGGACCGUAGGAGGGCGAGGGGGGCUGACCCGGACCAGGACUCCUCCAUCAGCUCUGGGGACCAGGGGGAGGCCGCGGGAGGGGUCACCUCUACGAACGGAGCUCACACCACCUCACCCCCCGUUUCCCCGCUGCACGGUCCCGCCCUCUCCGCACCUAAGGCCAGGGAGCUCGCAUAGACCCGCAGCAGGUUCUGAGACUGGGACUUAAACUCAUAUUGCAAGGAUAUUUUUAGUUGGUUUCGAUGGAAACAAAUAUAAAUAUACUUUAAAUCCGAAUCCAAAUUUGAGGAGAUUUAUGUUUUUAGAAAUCCUUACAUUCAUAAUUAGGGCGAUAUUGGAGAGUGAAACCUAUGAGUCUCUCUUAGAGUUAAUAAAUAAAGUGCUCCUUAUCCAGGAAUCCAGUUGAAGGGACCUCUUCCUUAUUGGAUAUCCUACCACUGCCACUGUCAUUUACUGGACUGAAGGGACAUUUCGUAACCCCUCCCCCCUUGCCCCCCAGCAACAUGGGUUCAGCACAAACUGUUGCAUGGUCUAAUAAAGUUUUACAGUGAACUGUUUUUCAUCUCAGACAUGUGAGUAUAAUCAAGUUUCUGAAUGUAUAUAGGCCUAUGCAUAAUACAAUAUAGUUGCCAC